CAAAAAAUAAUGGUAACAAAAAACUGCAUACAGUUGUCAAAAAUUGCCACAAACAAUGGCUGAUAUCGAAAGUGAAGAGGUGAAGAACCUUCAAAUUGAAUUUGAAUGGGUAAUGAGGGAUGAGGUACACUCUAUACUUAGAAAGUUAAAGGAAAUAUUAGUGGAAUGUGCUCGCCGCUUUCCGGUACCUCUAUACGAUAAUGAGGGCAAGCGUACAGAAAAAUUCCAUUUAGUAGCAGCCCAGGAACAGUUGAAAUGUUCGGUAACAUUGACGGGUGAUAGCAUAACACAAGCGGACAUCAGUUUCAAAUUAAAACGUUCCUCUAGUCAAGUUCAACGUACUGCUAUUACUUCAGAUGCCCCCUGGAAAUUGCAACAAGUACAAGACGCUGCCAAUCAUUUGCAACAGGCCAUCAAUCACAUCGAUAAUGUCGAUGAGAAUUAUAAAUUUCGAUCAUCCGAAGAAGUUUUGCAAAUAAUCACCGAACUAAUAGGAGCUUUACAACGUGGACGCACUAGUCUUAUAAUACCAAAGAAAAAAUCUAUAGAUGAUUUAAUGAAGGGGCGAAAUAUGAAAUCUUUAUCGCCCAAUCUACCCGAAGAUCAAGCAAUAUCAUUUUUCUUACAAUGUCAUAAAUUGAUCAUAGCAGUCUAUCAAUUGCUAAAUGUUCAGGGUACUAUGAAAAUGGAGGCAACACAGGCCGAAUGUUCGGUAGGUUGGCUUAAUGAUGUUUUAGUAUUAUUUACCGUCGGUUUGACUUUAUGUCAACAGCUCAAAGAUAAAAUGAAUGCAUUUAAAAUGGAUACUAUAAGUUAGUAAAAUUUAUAUUUGAAGAAUAUUUUUACAAAAUUACAAGAGAAAAAAAUUCCCCAUUUAUUUGUGUUUAUAUAAAUUUUAUUUAACAAACAUAUAUAACAAAAACUAAGCCAAGUUCAUAUAUACAUACAUUUAGAAAUAUGUAUGUAUGUCACUAAUUAAUGUACUUAUACUACAAACAACAACAGCAACAACAAAAACUAAAUAACUACUAACAGUAUGUGAAUGUAUUAAUUAUUGUACUUAAGCUCUUUAAACAAAAAAAAAACUAGUUAUUAAGUUUAUUUAGUUAAACGUAAACUUGAAAUGGACAAGAGUCUAGUGAAGGACUCUUUUUAAUUUUCUUCAUUUUAACUAAAACAAAAGCAAUUUGUUUCUUUGUUUUUAUUUUAGUAAACAUAAUAAAAAAAUAAUCCUAAUUAAUUAAUAAAAAUGCAUUGCUAAAAAAGGGUUAGUAAACUAAAGUUAAAUAUUUAAACAAAUAUUUUAAACAAUGCAUACAAUAAUGACAAUAACAUUUAAGCAAGAUUAUUUAAAUAAAAAAAAAGUAGAAACCAAAUAAAUAACAUAAAGCUUAUAAAUUAAGUAAAAAAAGCUUUUAUGUUUAAUUAAAUACCCCGCUCCCCCCGUUUCAAAAAAUUCCAAAUGUUAAUGCUUUUAACCGUUAAAUUUGAAGUUUAUUAAGUAAACAGUAUUUUUUUUUCUUUAGAAACAAAGAUCUCAACUUAUUUGCUUUUGUUUAUUUGUUUUUUUUUUUUAAUUUUAUUUAAACUAUUUGCCAGUAUAUUAUUUUCUUUAAAAAUCUUUUAUA